GAUCUGCGCCCUCAUUUGUCACAGCUGGCGGCGGCUGCCGCUGCACCGCUCGCAACUGCUUCUCUAGAGAAGCUGCUCGGCGGGUGGAAACAGAGCGAGUGGGGAGGAGGGAGCGAUGCGAUGCGAUGCCCGGGGCUGCUCCUCAGACACCUCGCUGCUCCUGGUGACCCCGCUCGCCAUGUGAUCCCGGCAGGGCUGAGGCUGGCUCCGAGAUGGGAACCUUAGGGAAGAGGAAAGAGAACCCGAAACCUGCACAAGGAUGCAGCACUGCCCCUAAAACAGCACUUGAACUGAAGCAGAUCAGUUCUUGUGCCUCCCAUUCAAAUCCUGCCCAGAUUACUGAGUUCAGAGUAAUGAUGCCUUUGGGACACUUAGCCAAAGGCGCCAGCCUGGAGAACCUCAUUGAAACCUGCCUUCAGUCUUUUGAUUCAGAGGGAAACCUAUGUCAAAACAACCAGCUGCUACAGAUAACACUGACCAUGCACAGAGUUAUCAUCCCCUCUGAGGAUGUGCUCCGAAAACUAAUUGAUCUAUAUCUGGAUGCUUUAGAAAAGAAAUCUUCUGGGCUUUGUGUAAAGAUAUGCUAUUUUGUAAGGUAUUGGAUAACAGAGUUCUGGAUCAUGUUCAAAAUGGAUUCUAGUCUAAUUAACACCAUGGAGGAAUUUCAGAAAUUGGUGAGAGCUAAUGGUGAGGAGUUACACUGUCGCCUAAUUGACACAACUCAAAUAAAUUCCCGGGAUUGGUCCCGAAAGCUUACACAGCGGAUAAAGCCCAACACCAGUAAGAAAAGGAAAGUCUCACUUCUCUUUGAUCAUCUAGAGCCGGAAGAGCUAUCAGACCACCUCACCUACCUUGAAUUUAAGUCCUUCCGAAGAAUCUCAUUCUCAGAUUACCAGAAUUACAUUGUAAACAGCUGCGUAAAGGAGAAUCCAACAAUGGAAAGAUCCAUUGCUCUUUGUAAUGGUAUCUCCCAAUGGGUACAACUAAUGGUACUCAGUAGGCCAACACCACAACUUCGGGCUGAAGUGUUCAUCAAGUUUAUUCAUGUUGCACAGAAGCUCCACCAGUUGCAGAAUUUCAAUACUUUAAUGGCAGUGAUAGGAGGUCUCUGUCACAGCUCUAUCUCCAGGCUCAAAGAAACAAGUUCGUAUGUUCCUCAUGAGGUCAACAAGGUGUUUAAUGAAAUGACAGAACUGCUCUCAUCUUAUAGGAACUAUGACAAUUAUCGACGUGCUUACAAUGAGUGCACUAACUUUAAGAUCCCAAUCCUUGGGGUCCACUUGAAAGACCUGAUCUCCCUUUAUGAGGCCAUGCCAAAUUACUUAGAGGACCAAAAAAUUAAUGUGCAUAAACUACAGUCUCUGUAUAACCACAUAAAUGAACUGAUACAACUCCAGGAGUUGGCACCUCCCUUAGAAGCUAAUAAAGAUCUUGUACAUCUGCUCACGCUGUCACUUGAUCUUUACUACACUGAAGAUGAAAUAUAUGAACUAUCAUACGCACGAGAGCCAAGAAGCCACCGAGCUGCACCUUUGACACCUUCCAAACCACCGGUAGUUGCAGAUUGGGCCUCAGGCAUAGCUCCAAAACCUGAUCCAAAGACAAUCAGCAAGCACGUUCAGAGAAUGGUGGAUUCUGUCUUCAAAAAUUAUGACCAUGAUCAGGAUGGAUACAUUUCUCAGGAAGAAUUUGAAAAGAUUGCAGCCAGCUUUCCGUUCUCAUUUUGUGUCAUGGACAAGGACAGGGAAGGUCUGAUUAGCAGGGAUGAAAUAACAGCUUACUUUAUGAGGGCUAGCUCGAUCUAUUCUAAAUUAGGUCUUGGCUUUGCUCACAACUUCCAAGAGACCACUUACCUAAAGCCUACGUUCUGUGACAACUGUGCUGGAUUUCUCUGGGGAGUUAUUAAACAAGGAUAUAGAUGCAAAGACUGUGGAAUGAACUGUCACAAGCAAUGCAAAGACCUGGUUGUAUUUGAGUGCAAGAAAAGAUCCAAAAGCAUGACUGCAGAUAACAGCCCAACCUCAGCCCUCGCUUCUAGUCUCUGCCCUGUAGGAGUCAAAGAGCAAUUCCAUGGGCAGGAGGAAGGCCCAUUUACAUUUCCUAAUGGAGAAGUGGCUGAACACAAUGAAGAGAGCAAGGACCGAACAAUUAUGCUUAUGGGUGUCUCGUCCCAAAAAAUCUCAGUGAGAGUGAAGCCAGCUGUUCUUGACAAGAGCACACAGACUGAGCCAGCACUGGCAAAUAGCGCUGUACCCAGUAGGCAGAUAGAGAAGGAGCAUGGGAUGCCAUCGGAAAAUAUUUAUCUACAGCCUGCAACACCAUCUCCAUGCCCAAGCCCAGUUCUAAGCCGCAAAAAGGCUUAUGUAAAAUGGGAGAACAAAGACUCAAGUCAGAAACGGAAGGAUGAGCAGCGCAUCUAUAAACCCUCGUACCAGGAAGUGGAGCAGGAAAGAAAUAUUCUAAAAGCAGAAAAUGAAGCUUUAAAGAUUCAGCUUAAACAGGCACACAAAACAAUUGAAUCUCUCAGUAUUCAACGCAGAAAUCAUGUCUUGGACAAUACACAACACAGAGACUGCGCAUAGCUGACAAGGCAGGAGCUCUCCUCUGGAUGAAUGUAAAAGAGAGGGCUUUUUGAACUGUGACAAAGCUGCUGUAUUCAAGUGAACAGGAACCAGGGACUGAAAGAUUUUAAACAGAAAUAUACUCUGUUGAAUCAGCGUAUUUUGCCUGUUCAAUAUACUGCUGAAUGUAUAAAUGUGUUCCUUUCUCUGACAGUAUAAAAUAAUUUAUCUUCUGAACAUGGGAAUUAAUACAUUCUGGAAUCUCUCUCAAGAAGGGCGAUAUAGGCCCAGAAGUUUAUAUUUAUCGUCAGUAAGCAACUUCUAUGUCCAAUAUGGAUGAUGCGACUCUACAAGUAGCUACUGUUUCUAUCGAGUGCCCAGUGUCACCUACAAGUGUUCCGACAAGGGGGCCAGCAAUGAACUGGUGUACAUCUCGCACAGGCAGGGCAGUGCCAACAUCCCUCGAAUGGCUGAUCUGUGCGAUGUUGCCAUGAUCACUCUCACCCUCCGCCUUCUGACGUGCCCGGAUGCCAUGGUGAGGAACAUCGCAGAGAGUGCUCUAAAGGAUGCUGUCAAGAAGCGAAUUGCCAGGACCCCCUCCAACCAAGAUGUCGCCACCUACCUGAGCAGCUCGCUGGAAAGUGAAUUUGGAAGAGACUUUGCUUCGCUCUGGACUCGUGCCCACAAUGCUACGCGAUGACUGGAGAAGCGUAUCAGCUGCCGCUGGACGUGCAAGGAAUGCUAGGAGCUGGAAGUCCUGGUGCCACAGGUGAAGAAUACAGAUCACACUAUUGUCCCUCUGAGAGCUAGAACCAUGCUGGAGAGGAUCUUGAAGGAUGUUAUCCACUGCCAAUAUGUGGAAAACCUAAAACGGUAGCUAGCCCAGGGCAAGGCAUUCAAGGUGGGAUGCCAGCAACCACUUCCUGUCCGGGGGCAGCUUCACCUGAUUUGCCAACUGGAGGUUCAUUCGCAGGGCCCUGCUCAACUACAUCCCACUGAACGGAGCCGUCUGCCACGGGAAUCAGGACAAGCGACGCAGGAAGAGCGGCUACGGCAAUGAACCCACAUCCUGUGUAGCUGCAAGCCCCAUUCGAGAGCUUGGCAGCUGCAACCCAACACCAUCCAAGAUUGCAUGGCCAGAGCCAUCCUGCCACCUGUGGGAAAGGUUGCUGUAAACUCCACCAUCCCUGGAACCAACAGCCAACUGCGACAUCGUCAUCACCACCGAGGACUGGAAGAAGAUCAUCAUGGUGGACAUCACGUACCAUUUGAGAACAGGACCCCGGCCUUCCAUGAUGCCUGAGCUCUAAAGUUAGGGAAAUAUGUCCCUCUGGCCAAAACCUUGAAAGCUGAGGGUUAUCAGGGCAGACACACACAUUGAUUGUUGGAGCCUUAGGCGCUUGGGACCCCAGUAACGAGCAAAUGCUGAGAGAAUGCGGAAUUGGUCAACGCUAUGCUCGGCUAAUGCAGCAACUCAUGGCAUCGGACGCCAUCAGGUGGUCGAGGGACAUCUACAUAGAACGCAUCACUGGACAUCAGCACUACUAGGAGGGGUGAGCUGCAGUGCCGAUGAGAAGCACAGUCAGGAAAGUAACACAUACUUUUCUCAUGGAUUGUAUUUUUCUAAAUGGACAACCUAAUUCUCAGUUACUGAGGGACAAUCUCCACUCAUUGAUAUAUUUUGCUUUCCACAACCAAAUCUCUGUAAAACUUUUCAUGAGCGAUGUACCCGAGUAUUCGGAUUCUAAUAUCUAAACUGUAUUGUUAACUCUAUUCCCCUACAUUUGGGUUAUUGCUACUUAUAUACUUUGUGUAUCAUAUGACUUUUAAAAAACUAAUUUUGUAUUUGUGGAUAAUCUAAGCACUAUGCCCAGAUGUACAGACACUCUUUUUCUAACCUAUGUAUUAUAAAAAAUUUACUAAAGUGAAUGUUAAAAAAAAGUUAUAUCUGGCAUGUAAAUACCUUGCAAUGCUGGCUACAAGGGCUGUGCAAAUGUCUGUUCUUGCUUUCAGGUGACAUUGUAAAGAAGAAGAGGGCAGUGUUAUCUCCUGCACAUGUAAACAAACUUGUUUCUUUUAGCGACUGGCUGACCAAGAAAUAGGACUGAGUGGACUUGUAGGCUCUAAAGUUUUACACUUUUGUUUCUGAGUGCAAUUAUGUAACAACAAAAAUCUACAUUUGUAAGUUGCACUUUCAUGAUAAAGAGAUUGCACUACAAUACUUGUAUGAGGUGAAUUGAAAAAUACUAUUUCUUUUAUCAUUUUUACACUGCAAAUAUCUGUAGUAAAAAUAAUAAAGUGAGCAGUGUACACUUUGUAUUCUGUGUUGUAAUUUAAAUCAAUUUAUUUGAAAAUGUAGAAAAGCAUUCAAAAUAUUUAAUAAAUUUCAAUUGGUAUUGUUUAACAGUGUGAUUAAAAUUGUGAUUAAUUGUGAUUAAUUUUUUAAAUCAUGAUGAUAUUUUUUGAGUUACUUGUGUGAGUUAACUGCGAUUAAUCAACAGCCCUAAUAAAAAAUACAUGGCAUUUCUGAGGGGUUUGUUUUGUUUUUUUAAAAUUCUGACCCUUUUGACCUUCCAGCCUGUCAAGAGUCACAUCUCUUAGCCCCAGGCCAAGCAGAGUCUUACCGCCAGCCCUUUAGCUCCCAGUCCUUUAAUUUGUGACUAAUUUGAUAUUCAGGUGUGACAAAAUCCAUUACACCUUCUGGGGCAGAGGUGACAUCAGCAUUUCACCAAUAUUCAUUAUUAUGAUUAUUGCAGUUGCACCUGGGAGCCCCAGUCAUGAAUCUGGACUCUGUUGUGCUAGAUUCUGUACAAACAUUGUAAUGUUUAAUUGGGAGGUGGGAGUAAGAACCUCCAUACAAUAGCUUUGUCUCCUAUAAUGACUAGCAUCCUCCCCUUCUAGCUCAGUAUUUUCCUCUUUCAAAAACCUAGCAGUUCAAAGGCCACUUUGAUCUCUUCUCCACCAUACUAGCCCCCAAAGUCAAGGAUUGGAUCCUGUGUUUGCCAAUCAAUUUUCCCUGGCUGAAGGUGCUAGAGUGAGUUUAACCCAGUCUGCUUUUAAAGCAAGAAAGUGUAAAUAUUGUUAAGAGGUAACUGAAUAGUCUUUCAAAUUAUUGACAGAUAAACAGCCAUCUGGCCAGGAUGAAAACUGUGUUUGUGUUUCAAGACAAAGAGAUUCAUUAGACUUUCAGUUGUAUAAUACAUCAUUCCCAUUGACUGAAUGGGGAACCGUUAUCAAAUGUAAUUCAAUUAAAUAUCAGAAACUUGUGUAACUGAAGAUAUUUAUGUGCAACAUCUACUCAGAGCUCUUCAAGAAUACAUCUCAGAAGUUACUUUACAAGAAUAUGUUGUCUAUUGUACAUUGAAGUCUUAGCUGACCAAACAGACUGCAUGUGUAAUUUGCAUUCAAGUAUAUGGUAAUAAAUGUACAUUUAUCCCAUCAAAGCAAUUUAAAUUGUUAAAUAUAAAGUGUAUAACUUAUUUAAAAAAAAAAGUUUUAAAAGUCCAAUUGAAAUGACUUGUAAAACUCUGUGAUUUUAAAUUCUUGUUUUGAACUUGGAUCUUGGGCUGGUAUCUCUAUUGUUGGGUAAACCAAGCAGAUAUAAGCUAAAAUGACUUGUAGGUCCAGUGCUAUUUUACUGACUGUAAAUACAUGUACAGUAUAUAAAGAAUUUUUAUGGAUGUCUUUUUUUAAUCAGUAGCUGUGAACUCUGUACAGCUUCUGUUACUCAUACACUAAACUUGAACUAUCCAGAAUAACUGAUAAGCAUAAUAAAUUGCAUGUCUGUGUUCAACAAA